ACACUGGAUGACCAAGGCCCAAUGGAGUUUCGGUGCACAGAAGAGGAUCCUGGACCUGGGAUACUCAGAACAGAGUUGGGAGACCAGCGACAACCCACCUCUGAGUCCCAACGCUGGUGCUGUCUGCAACAUGGCUGUGUGGUCCUGGGAGCCCUGGGGCUGCUGGCUGGAGCGGGUGUCGGCUCAUGGCUCCUAGUACUGUAUCUAUGGCCGGCUGCCUCUCCACCUGUCUCUGGGACCUUGCAGGAGGAGGAGAUGACUCUGAACUGUCCAGGAAUCAGCAGUGAGGAAGAGCUUCUCCCAUCUCUUCUCAAAACAGUAUCUUUCAGAAUAAAUGGCGAGGAUCUCCUGCUUGAAGUACAAGUAAAAACUCGGCCAAGCUGGCUCCUGGUAUGCCACGAGGGCUGGACCCCUGCCCUGGGCAUGCGCAUUUGCCAGAGUCUCGGGCACCUCAGGCUCACUCAGCACAAGGCAGUGAAUCUGUCUGACAUCAAGCUCGCCAGAUACCAGGAGUUUGCUCAGCUGUCUGCUGGACUGGGAGACCUCCUACAGGAGGCGUGGCAGCCCAGCUCUAACUGUCCUUCUGGCCGAAUUGUUUCUCUCAAAUGUUCUGAGUGUGGGGCAAGGCCUCUGGCUUCUCGAAUAGUUGGCGGUCAGGCCGUGGCUUCUGGGCGCUGGCCGUGGCAAGUGAGUGUGAUGCUUGGCUCCCGGCACACGUGCGGGGGCUCUGUGCUGGCACCCCACUGGGUAGUGACUGCUGCCCACUGCAUGUACAGUUUCAGACUGUCCCGCCUGUCCAGCUGGCGGGUUCAUGCAGGGUUGGUCAGCCACAGUGCUGUCCGACAACACCAGGGAACUAUGGUGGAGAAGAUCAUUCCCCACCCUUUGUACAGCGCCCAGAACCAUGACUAUGAUGUCGCCCUCCUGCAGCUCCGGACUCCGCUCAACUUCUCAGACACUGUGGGCGCUGUGUGCUUGCCAGCCAAGGAGCAACACUUUCCAAGAGGAUCUCAGUGCUGGGUGUCUGGCUGGGGCCACACCGACCCCAGCCACACUCACAGCUCAGACACGCUGCAGGACACAGUGGUACCCCUGCUCAGCACCCACCUCUGCAACAGCUCAUGCAUGUACAGCGGGGCACUCACACACCGCAUGCUGUGUGCCGGCUACCUGGACGGAAGGGCAGAUGCAUGUCAGGGGGACAGCGGGGGACCCCUAGUGUGUCCCAGUGGUGACAUGUGGCACCUUGUAGGGGUGGUCAGCUGGGGUCGUGGCUGUGCAGAGCCCAAUCACCCAGGCGUCUAUGCCAAGGUAGCAGAGUUCCUGGACUGGAUCCACGACACUGUGCGGAAGCCUUUGUCUCUUGGCUCCCUGGCAGGUCCGCUAGCUACAGGAGAAGCAGCUGCAGCCUUGGAUGCAGAACUGUGGAUCUCCAUGGAUCAACCCACUCUGAGGCCCAGCAGCUGGGUCACUGGACCUCUCUCCUAA